GUUACAGAGGAGAAACAAUCGGAGUCCAUCUCCCCCCAAGUCAAUGAGUAUUGUGGCAGAGGAGCCCCCGCGGUGGAGUCGGCCAGGGCUGCACUUUCCUAAAAUAUGACCAGGGGUGCUUGGAUGCGUCGGCAGCAUGAUGAAGGCUUAAAAUACUGGUUUGCACCCCGAGAGAACGAGAAGCCAUUUACCGAGUCGGAGCGGGCCCAGAGAUGGCGACUGUCGCUGGCCUCUCUGCUGUUUAUCACCGUCCUGCUCUCUGAUCACUUGUGGUUCUGCGCCGAGGCGAAACUGACGCGAACCCGAGACAAGCGGUCGGAAGAGGGGCUUGCAAUUACGGACAUGGGCGAGUACUCAAACUCCCUCCACCACCACCACCAUAUCCCAUCAUCACCUGACCCCCACCGCCUCGCCAGAGAGCAAGAUGUUAUUUUUCUAGGGAAUUCUACCAAACCUCUGUGGCGAAUGGACACCUGUCACCCCGACAGUCUGUCCAAAGACUGCUUUACUUUCACGGACGCGGAGACCGUGUGCCUGGGCCUCUCAGGUGGAGGGGAAGAUGGGACGCAGUUGGCGUACGUGAAUUUGAGCGAUUUGUACCUUUCUUUUUGUAAUUCCUACUCACUUUUGGAUUUGUUUUACGGGUUUACGAGUCCGGACGAUAUGAAUUGCACCCUGGAUAUGGCCAUGGGGGUGGAUCUGCUGGGAUGCAGCGAGUGUGUCCGGGCUUAUCAGCGUCUUGACCAGCAAGCGGAGGAGGACUACCAGGAGUUUGAACUGAUGGUUCAAAAAUACGAGACGGAUGUAUACUCGGUUAGAACGUGCAUGGAGGAAUGUAAGAUGGUGUAUAAGCCCUGGCUGUGUUCUCAGUACUUCCAGACCACCCAGAUGCACUGCAGUAAGCGAAUCCCCUGUGGUCAGUACUGUCUGGAGGUGCAGCAGCGGUGCCCCUUCAUCCUGCCCGACAACGAUGAUCUCAUCCACGGAGGCAGUCCCAGUUUUAUAUGCACAGGGCUGCUGGAGGACUAUCCGUCAGGUGUGGACCCCGAUGCAGAGUGCUGCGAUGUGCGGUGGGACUUGAAAGUGGACAACCGUUCCCGGGGGACCCUGAAAAGAACUCACCCACCAUGCCAGCACCGUACCUCCCUCAGCUCCUCGGCAGCCUGCAGACUGUGUAACAGCCGGCUCAAACUCUGCCUGCUGGUCCUCGUCCUCCUACACACUGUCGCCAGCCUCACUGCAUCCCACAAUGCAACAGGACUGGGCCUCCCCUCUAUCACGCCUCUGGAGGAGAGCCCUGCCAACGAGGAGUGA